CUUUCGCAGUGAUCCCCGACUCAGCGGAUGAGUGACUUAUGGAGAAUGCCACAAGAGCUGAGCUUGUCUGCAACCACACAGAUGCAUGGGACUGGGUUUACACCAUGCAACCGGCCUACAUGUCCAUCAUCUGCUUUCUUGGAGUGAUCGGCAACUCAUUUGUUCUUUGCGUGUUCUGUCUCCAGAAGCGGCACAGCUCUGUGGCCGACAUCUACCUUUGCAACCUGGCAGUGGCUGAUCUUCUCAUGGUUUCAUGUCUGCCAUUUUGGGUGGCAACCAUUAUCGACAGGUUCCACUGGAGGUUUGGAGAACCCAUGUGCCAAUUUAUCAAUAUAGUCAUUGGGAUGAAUUAUUACUGCAGUGUGCUGUUCCUUACGCUUGUGAGCGUGGACAGAUACCUGGCCCUCACCAGACCGCUGUCCCAGGGGAGGGAGAGACGGGCCUUCUGGGCACGUGGGAUUUGCGUCGGUAUCUGGAUUGCUGGAAUCCUGCUCAGCUUCCCUGCUAUCCUCUUCCGCUCUGUGCAGUUCUUCCCUCAUUUGGGGAUUGAUGCAUGCUACUUAGCGUACCCCCAUGAAGGCUGGAGACUGCGCUACAACAUGACUGUCAGCAUAGUAGGCUUCCUUAUCCCUGUUCCUAUCGUAUCCUUUUGUAGUUACCACAUCACUAAAGUCAUUCGGAGCAGCCAGAGGAUGAGAAAAUGCAGCAGAGGAAGUGUGGAGAGGAAAGCAGCAUAUCUCAUCCUUGUUGUUCUGGCUGUGUUUAUCCUCUGCUGGCUGCCCUACCAAGUUCUGAUCAUCUUGGAUACUUUGGAUCAUUAUGGAGUCAUCUCUGGAUGCACAUGGGCACAUGUGCUGGACAUUGGCAACCAGUUAGCUACUUACUUUGGCUACAGUAACAGCUCAUUGAAUCCUUUCCUGUAUGUGAUUGUGGGAAAGCAUUUUAAGCAGAGGGCAAGGGAUCUGUUUAGACUAGUGCUGUGCAGGAGGAAAAGGCAGUGGGGAAAGUCUCCUCAUUCCAAUGCUAAUCUCAACUCUAAACAAACUGACAGUACAAAAAUCUAAAGCUCAUCUACACAGACAGAAAAUUUGUUGUUCAAGAAAUUAGUUUAAUUUAAAUGCAAUAUCAGAGUUAGUUGAAGACAUUGGUAACCUAUAUAUACGGAAAAUAUGAAGCAUAGCUUGUAGCUGGUUAGCUAAACUUUUUCAAAAUGUGACAAAAUUGUGGCUCUAAUCUGGAUAUGUGCAACUGUUGAAUGUUUUUCUGAUGUUUUUUCUGAUGGAAAUAUUCUAUUGACUAUUUUUACUAUUUGUUGUUCUGUUUCUGAUGACAUGUAGCCACUCCCCCAGGUGUGGCUCAUUCACAGAUGCACUUCCUCAGUAAUCAAGCAAUCAGGUUAAAAUACAGACUAUUCCAUUGCGGGUGCCGGCAUUUCCUUCUCCUUCCACAUGACAAAUUGUCCACUAAGGCUUCAAUAAAUGAUGCUAGCGUCAUUUAAGAUUUUUAACAAUGUGUGAGUGCUGUU